AACAAGGCAACACUGGGACCUGUGGCAGACCACCUUGUCCAGAGCCCUGCUUGCCUCCAACGGGCCACAUCACCCACUACAACAGCCCUUGGGGCCAUGGACUGACCGUCUGGAGGACUGGAAUUGGCUAUUGUCCCCCACUACAGACCUUUUCCACCGCCAUGGGGGAACCUGGAAACACUUUAGCUCUGAAGGCUCUCCCACCACGUCACGUCGCUACGCGCCAGGGCCGUCCCAUCCUUCCUGCCCAUGGUGGACGGCACCUCUCCCUUCUGACGCUCUUCGUGCUACAGUUCGCUCCAUCACAGGAUCUGACAGGGUUCUUCUCACCGGUACUGGCCGUGCCACUGAACCGUCUUCUUCCUCCAGCCCAUCCAUUCUUCACGCGUGGCAGACGGCUGCCGAGCUCUGCACGGACUACUACGGGUGGGUCCCCAAUGAGAUCGAGGUUCACGGUGACGAAGCCACCUUAGCUGAUGCUCUGUUGGACGGUCGCCUGCGUGUGAUCAGCGAUGGAUCCUUCAAGAACGAGUUGGGGACCGCGGCUGAAAACGAGUCUGAGAUUGCCUGGGACACAAUGGGUCGCGCCAUGCGAUCUCUUCCUGCAGGACUACAAAGGUGGUCUACUAAACAUUGUGUGGGCAUGUGCGGCACAGGCAAAUUUAAAGUUCUAUGGGGUCUGGAGACAUCAGCAGCUUGCCCACGCUGCGGCGACUUCGAGGAUCAUCUGCAUGUUCCCCGCUGCAGCGCUGCUUCGGCAACAGCUGAAUGGGAUCGUCGCACUGCAGCCUUCUCCGCGUGGCUAGACCUGCAACUGACGGGCCCUUCCAUCAAAAUAGCGAUCCUACAGCUUCUUCAGGGCGUUCACACACCUCCUUUAUUUCCCCCAAGGCCCAACUCCUCUUCGGUUUGGCCGGCCUUCUUGGCUCAGCAGGUGAUUGGGUCUCAAGGCCUUUUGGAGGGACGCAUCGCCUCGUCUUGGCUUCCACUCCAACAACAAUAUUAUGACAAGAUAAGAUGUCGACGAUCUGUCUCUCUUUGGGCGUCCCGCCUCUCACAACAGCUGAUCUCCAUCGGCUUCUACAUGUGGGAGCAACGGAACUCCGUUCAACAUUCGGAUGAUAACGUUCAAUUACGUGAACGUCACAGUACUGUCAAUGAGGGGAUUCACUCCCAGUUUGAUAUGGGUCCCGAUGACUUGCCUAAGGAAAUUCAACCGAUGCUAACAUGCCGUCGACGAGUCCUUCGCAAGUCAUUGGUAGACAAGGAAGAGUGGCUUAAGUUGCUUCGUCAGGAACGCAGAGAUUUCCGUCGCUCCAUCAAAGCACAACGCCGCAGUCUGCGGACUAUUUUCUCCCCUGGACCCUGA